AUGAAGCGCGAUUACGAUAUACACUCCUACCGACGGCAGUAUGGAGAAGGCGAUCCGGUCUACAUCUUGGACACCGCCAAGGUCAAGGGUAAGUGUAAGAAGUUAAGCCGUCCUUGGAAGGGCCCGGGCAAGGUGGUUAAGCAGUUAACGCCUGAUCUAUAUCGGGUAAAACUGCGAAAUUCAAUAUCAACCGUCCAUCAGGACAGGCUGAAGCCGUGCCGCGACCGCGAGGUUCCCGACUGGUGUCAGGGGUCAGAUGAAGUGGAUGCGGAGACGCUCUACUGCCUCUGCCAUCAGUCCUAUGAUGAAACCAGGUUCAUGAUCGGCUGCGACAAGUGCGACGACUGGUUUCAUGGGGAUUGCGUGGGCGUGACCCCAGGGGAGAAUCUUAACAUUGACAAGUAUUACUGCCCCCCUUGCUCGAGUAAGGGGUGA